AUGUCGGUCCUUUCACGUCUCCUAGUCCUUGUCGGGCUCUUGUCGCUUUUCCAUGCGGCAUAUUCGGCGCACGAAUUCUCAAUCUUGUCCACGAAAUACCACAAAAAUGCACCCCUGCCGCUAGACAUCAAACUGGAGACACUCAUAUCAGUUUCACUUGCAUGCUUGGGUCUGAUCCUUGGCUCUGAAUCCUUAAAACCCGUCAGCUGGAAUGAAUGGGCCGGAAAGAUUGAAAGAGAGGGCGAACCCAAUCCGUUUCGGGGCCUUGAAGAUAGAGUGGGCUUUAUGGAUAUUAGAAAGGAGCGGAGAGAGUUCGCAGACUGGGCUCGUCAGCAGGGAGCGUCGGUUGCGAAAAGUUAA